AUGGGUAUAGAAGAUAUUGAAGCAAAGAUAUUGGCUGCCUUGGAGACAGCAGAUGAAAUAGAGACUACAACACUUGAAGGAGAGUACAAUGAAGUAAUAGGCGCAGUUAAAAGGCUUGAGUCAUUUGAAAGAAUUCAAAUUGCACCUGUUCAGAGGGAGGAAAUAAUUGUCUCUAGGGAGGGCAUGGACAUUGUGAAGUAUGGAUCAGCAGAGCACAUUAUAUAUUCUCUGCUGGAAAUGCCUCUGGAUGAUUUAGAGCUGCAGACAAAAUUGCAGGGUACUGAGCAAUUCAGUGAAAAAACAGAUAAAGAUAUCCAGGAAUUUAUCAAAAGAGGAAAAAAUAACGGAAUGCGCAUGAAAAUAUUGACAGUCAGAGAUGGCAAGCUGGACAGAAACCAGGAGGUGCAGAGUGAUACCACACAGGCCCAGCUGAAAGGGAUAGAAGGCCUCUCAGCAAAGGAGGUGGCAGAGCUCAAAAAAAGAAAGCUUGUGACACAGAAGAAAACCACCCAUUAUACACUAAAGAAAGGAACUAUGUUUUCUGCUGCUGCAUCAACCGUCAGUGACAUAACAGUUGACAUGCUUAAUAACAUGGAGCUAGCAAAAAAUCUGAAGAAAUAUAAUUUCAACAUUGUGUCUACGCCCUCAAAGUACGCAGGUGCUUUGCACCCACUAUCCAUAGAGAGAGAAAAGGUCAAGAAUAUUUUCCUGCAGAUGGGGUUUGAAGAGAUGGAUGCAGGAAAGUACAUUGAGUCAUCCUUCUGGAACUUUGAUGCACUGUUCCAGCCACAGAGGCACCCUGCAAGAAACGAGCAAGACACUUUCUUCAUGGAAGACCCUGCAAAUGCAAAGGACCCAGAGAGUGAGUAUUUGGAAAGAGUGCGAAUGGUGCACACUGUGGGUGGAUACGGGUCUUCUGGGUACAAGGCCCCUUGGAGCUUGGAAGAGUCCAGGAAGAAUGUGCUCAGGACUCACACAACUGCAGUGACCACCAGGCUGCUAUAUAAAUUAUCGCAGGAAAUAGACUUUACUAAGGCCCAGGAGCACGAGUAUUCCAGGAAGUACUUCUCAAUUGACAGAGUCUUUAGAAAUGAAACACUAGAUGCCACGCACUUGGCUGAGUUCCAUCAGGUAGAAGGAAUAAUCAUGGGAGUAGGUCUAACCAUAUCCCACCUAAUGGGAUUCAUGGAAGAGUUUUUCAAGAACCUGGGGAUAACCAAGAUAAAGUACAAGCCAGCUUACAAUCCAUAUACUGAGCCAAGCAUGGAAGUAUUUGGAUACCAUGAAGAGAUGAAGCGGUGGAUGGAGAUAGGUAAUUCUGGCAUGUUUAGGCCUGAGAUGCUUCUUCCAAUGGGGUACCCAGAGAAUGUGCGUGUAAUUGGAUGGGGGAUUUCCCUGGAAAGGCCUGUCAUGAUAGGAAGACAGAUGAAUAACAUAAGGGACCUAGUAGGGCAUAGAGUGGAUCUCUCAUUUAUACGUAAUGGGCUUUCAAAGAAUUAA